AUGAUAUGCAUAUUGUGGGUCAUCCUCUUCUUAAAGUUAAGGAUUGCAAAUUAUCUUAAUAGUUGGGAUGUGGAUUUUAUUCUCCAGCGAGUGGGCCCGGAAAACCUUGAUGGUAUCUUAGAGGAUAUUUCUAAGACUAAACCAGGUUUGGAUGUGUUGAUCUGGACCAAUAAUGAUAAUGGCCUGUUUUCCACCAAGUCAGGUUGGGAUUGUGUUCGUAUUAGGGGUGGCACUCUUGAAGGGCAUUCUUGGAUGUGGCAUAACAAUCUUCCUCUUAAAAUGCCCAUCAAUAUGUGGAAAGCUUGGUAUAUGGCUUUGAGUGUGGAUCAUCAUCUUCGCCGUAUUGGCAUUCCUAUUAUUUCUCGUUGUGAUUGUUGUGCUAACGGUCACUAUAAAGACCAGAAUCAUGUUUUGUUUGCAACUGAAAUUGCUAGCACUGUUUGGCACUAUUUUGGUGCUAGCCUUGGUAUUCCGAAUGGCCAAAACUGGAAAGACACGAUGCAGACUUGGUUUUGCCGUGAGAAAUUAUCGUCUCAACCUAUGUUCACUCCCAUCCAGCGUUGCAAAGCUAUUGCUUGGCAGCGGCCUCUGGCGGGUUGGGUUAAACUGAACACAGAUGGUAGUAAUUUGGGCUCUAAUAAUCAAGCAAAACUUUUAGCUCUCCUUAAUGGGCUCCAAGUUUGUAAAUCUUUAUCUUUCAAUUAUGUGGAAAUUGAACUUGAUUCUCUGACUAUUAUUUCUUGGUGGAGUAAAAGAUGUAGGGUGUGGUACCUAGAGGAUUUCUAG